CCGUCUGUGAUCAUGGCGGAUCCUCCAACAGGCCCACCUGAGGACAUCAACAAAACCAGCUUCUGGAUGCCAAUAAAUUAUGUCCGGACAGUGCAGAGGACAUCAGAGUCGUACCAGGCUUGUAAAGACAUCAUAGCGUGUAUGAAGGACCGGGCUCAUGUGGAGCGACAGUACGCCCGACAGCUGACCGAAUGGAGCGACAAGUGGAAGUCCAUCACUGAGACUCGGCCGCUGUACGGGUCUCUCUUGCGGGCCUGGCAGUGCUUUUUCUCCUCCACUGAGCGUCUGUCUGCGCUUCACACCUCAAUCUCCCAGUCUCUGGUUUCAGAAGAUGGAGAGCGCAUCCACUCGUGGCAGAAAGAGACGUUCCCAAAGAAAAUGUUCUGCGGAUUCAGAGAGUCGUAUGACCUCGAGACGGCUUUCUCACGCGCUCAGAAGCCCUGGGUGAAAAGAUUGAAGAAGCUGGAAAAGGCUCGUGCGGUGUAUCAUAAGUCAUGUCAGAGAGAGCAGAGCGCUCAGGAAAAAGAGAAUCAAGCCAAACUCAAGGCCGACCUGAGCGAGAGCAAACUGUCCAAAAUCCAGCAGACCAGAGAGAAAGCCACGCAGGAACGCACCAAGGCACGUGAUCGCUAUGAGAAGGUUCUAGAGGACGUCUCUGGCUUUGCACCGAGAUACAUGGAGGAAAUGGAGUCUGUGUUCGACCAAUCGCAGGAGGAGGAAAGGAAGAGGAUCAGCUUCCUGAAGCAGGCCUUCCUGUCCAUUCACAGACACCUCGACAUUACCAACAACGAGAGUAUAAAGGCAGUCUACAGUGAGCUCCAUCACACACUCAUGUCCAUCUCUGAAGCUGAAGAUCUCCGCUGGUGGAAGAACAACCAUGGGCCCGGGAUGCCUACCGACUGGCCUAAAAUAGAGG